AGUUUGUUUAUCUCCUAAGUUUCACAAAUAUUUAAGACAACUGGACGUAAAAUGAACAUGUGGCAUUGAUUUUUAGAGCUUCGUUAUGCAUGACGUCACAAUAAUUAACCUUUGACACGCUAUUGUCUUAGAUGCGCAUCAACGCGAAUCAAUAGAAACAAUUAACUCAUCAUGCAAUCCGAGAAUAAAUUGGAAUUUCUUCGUGAAUUAUUAAAAAGGAUGGGUAUGUAGGCAAAGAAAAAUAAAUAGUUACUGCCGCUAUAUCUGAGAUUUCUUCAGACGAGGUGACAAAUUAAAGGAGUAUCAUUGAAUGCAGUCAUCAGUAUGUGAAAGAGAAACUAAGACUGGAAUGAAAAAAGUUUUGGAUGUUUUGAAGCUGAAAAUAUUACUUUGCAUAGAAUUUUUUGCGGAAUGGAGCGUACGACGCCCAAAAAGUUCAUGCGGAUUGCUGACACACUGGCAGCCAAAGGCUAUCGAGUUGGACAUCAACUAGGUGAAGGAACUUAUUCAAAAGUCCGAACUGUCGAAAGAGUUGCAGACCGCAAGAUGUGUGCUGUAAAAAUUAUUGAUCGACAAAAAGCGAGGAAAGAUUAUUUGGCAAAAUUUUUGCCAAGAGAAUUAGAAAUUAUCAAGAGAUUAAAACAUAAAAAUGUCAUUCAAACAUUUUUGUGUAUAGAAACAAAGGAGUUUAUAUUUCAAAUAAUGCAGUAUGCGGAAAAGGGUGAUGUUCUUCAGCUGAUCCACAGCCAUGGAUUCAUUCACGAGCUAAAAGCGAAAACCAUUUUUCACGAUGUCGCAAAUGGAUUGAAAUAUUUACAUAGCUUAAAUAUUGCUCACAGGGAUCUAAAGUGUGAAAACAUUUUAAUAUUCAAAAACAAUGUUGCUGCGGUGACUGAUUUUGGGUUUGCUCGUGCGUUCGAUAUAGAUUCAAGCGAUAUGAUGUGUCGGACAUUUUGCGGAAGUACUGCGUACGCAUCACCGGAACUGCUUCGCGGAAUUCCAUAUGAUCCAAAAGGGAAUGAUAUCUGGGGAAUGGGUGUCAUUUUAUUUACAAUGCUGUGUGGAAGUAUGCCUUUUAAUGACACAAACGUGACCAGGCUUGUUCAACAGCAGUUGUCACGUGACAUAAAAUUUCCUCCAAGAGUGAACAGUAGAGUCAGCGAAGUUUGCAAAAAGUUCGUGUUCGACAUUCUUGACCCUGGCAUUACGAAAAGGCCGACUAUUGAUACACUUAUAUCAUCUGACUGGCUCAGAGAUUCUUCCUAGAAAAUGUACUCGUUCAAGAAAGAGGAAUAAGAUAACAAUUAUCCUGCCCUCAUUAAAUGAAAUUAUAAUGACGAGACAAUAAAGGCAUAGAUAAUAAAUAUUCGUCAGCAUGGAACUUUUUUUUCUUCAUUUCGACAAUACAUUUGUAUUCGUCCUCUUCUUUUUCUAUUAUAACUGGACUACGAUAGGGUCAUUGCCAGAUUUGUUUGAAUAUGCAGAAAAUAAACGCGCUAUUAUGUACCAGUGUGAUAAAAUAGGGUUA